AUGCGGGUAACUGCGGAUGCGCUAGAUCCCGUCUUCUUAAAUUACAACAAGAAUGAACCAAUCUGGAUCACAAACCAACGCCAUGGCAAGCGGAGUUGCGUCUUCUUCUGGCCGGGAAGUAACAACGCUUACGCCGGCAAGUACCCCUUUGCAACGUUCGGCUUGUACAGCGAUGAUCCUACAUUUGAAUAUCGCAUUGAUCGUAUAAUGGACUGGAUAACUCGCGAUGAGUUCAACUUCUGUGCCUUCUACUUUAACGAGCCAGACCACACUGGCCAUGAACAUGGCCCAGACUCGAAGGAAGUUCUUGACGUCAUUGAACUAGUUAAUAAAGGGAUCGCCUAUCUCCUAAAAAGGAUAAAGGAGAGUCCGGCGCUCAAUGGAAAAGUGAAUCUGAUCGUGACAGCUGACCAUGGCAUGGCACAAAUACCAUUAGAAAACAGAAUCGAACUUUGGCAUUUUCUCAAAUACAACGUACACUAUUUUGGAAAUAACUCUCCGGGAUUGGUCGGACUCUGGCCGAAAGGAAGUAAGUAUUUCGGGAAAUCGUGCAUUUUCUCUUUAAAUACAUAUGUGAUACAGCUGUCUGCGUCUGGCCUGUUGCACUCUUAGCGAGCUGCUCAUGCAUUAUAUGUGAAUCUAUGUAUGCUGCAGGCCAUUUUUGCAUACCUAAACGCUCACAAGGGUGUUGUCUCUCUGCAUAAUUUUUCGAAUUCUCUUCAUUUGUAUUCACUUGGAUUCUAUUAGUGUAACUUAGAGAUUGUCUAAAAAUCUUUAAAAAAUAGUUUUAGUCGAUGUACAGUGGCAUGCCUUUUGUUGUCGAUUCCGUACGGAGUCAGUUAGGCCUUUUUAUCCCAUGUUGUUUCUCACUAAACUAUGCGUGCUGCAAGGAUCGUCGGCUCCGUUUUGGUUUACUUUGACUCGGCGAGAACACAAAGGCUCUAAUUACUCGAUAUCUCAGAAGGGCUUUUUGUCGAACGCAUGCGCUUGAAUUAUUUAUUACUCCCUCAUAAACAAUACUAGAACAGUCGAAUUUUGUCUAGAGGUAGGUUUACAAAGCCUACCGCUGUCAUUUAUAUUUUUAUUUCGUGCAGAGUACAAUGCAACAUUUUUGUACAACACCAUCAAAAACUCUAACUUGACAAACUGCACUGUAUGGCUCAAAGAGGACCUGCCUGAUCGUUUUCAUCUGAAGCGGAGCUAUCGUAUGCCGCCAGUUUUCCUCCUAGGCGAUACAGGUUUCUUGAUUAACACCCAGAAAAAUCAGUACAGCGGAAAAAAACGUAUGUCCAAAGCUUUUUUUCUCGUGUUUAUGCACGUUAUCCUUUUUGGUUGCUGUUUUCAGUAGAACCAUUUUGAAUAAACGAAAAAUUCGAAAUUAUUAUGAAGCGCUGCAUUCCGACUGGAAAGAAUACGACCACAUAACCAAACCAUAAAUUAUCCACUUUAUCGCCAUGUAACUAUAUUAUUCUUGUUUUUACGAAACUGACGGUCGCAGACUUACUCCACACUUAUAAGAGCUGGAGUACAAGAGCUGCCAUCUAAGUUUAACCAAAAGGCGAUGUGGAAAAUUUAAAUCUCGUCUGACUUUGUACUCUAUACUGAAAUACACACACGUCGUUGUGCACCUAAUACUCUAAAAGUGUUUGUUUUAUUGAUAUGUCUUGAGAGUAAGUUCAGUUUUUUGGUUGAUUUUCACUUCUACAUCACCCUAUUACAUGUUUAAAAAGUUUCCUGAAAUGGAAAAAUUUAAAUAUAUUUAUUGUGGUUGGUUUCAGUUAGCUGAGAGCAAGAUCGUCAAACUCAGUUUUUCCCUUUUUAUGGAAUUUUUCUAAACUGAAUAUCUACAGUUUGAUUAGCCCUCAAACAAUAAAUUGACCACAUAAUCGAGAUAUAUUUACUGCUCAAAAGAAAAAAAGUAAAUAUGAUAUUUCCCUUUGUUAACCAGCGAUGCGAGGCAACCACGGCUAUGACAAUGAGGACCCACUGAUGCACCCUUUCAUGGUCGCGAGUGGUCCGGACAUCGAGGUUCUGCAGGGAAUUCAACAUUUCGAGCAGAUUGACAUCUAUCCCUUCGUCUGUGGCCUCCUGGGUCUUCAGCGUCCCAACAGGAUCGACGGCCGUAUAGAGCGUGUGAUUAAGUUCAUGAAAACCAAGCCGUCGGAGGACUUUAUUAGAAUAUUCAAAAAAUACGAGACUGGAAUCAUGUCCGAUAACUAG